AGGAAGGCAGAAUCAGUGUAUGCUGUAGACUCGCGCUGCUCUUUGCCCUCCAUCCCCCCGCAGCCAGUCUGUCAGACCACAGAAACCGACAAAGAGGAGCCUACUGGAGGAGGGCUGAGUCAAGAUGGGGGGAGACAUCUGGCACGAGAGAGCCAAAUCCACGACAGGAUGAUGGCGUUUCCGACCCAUUUUAUAGGGUAUAUCUUUUACGAGAUCGGGUCGAAUGUCAAGGGCGCACCGAGCGAGAAACGGAUGAGCAAAGGGGUUACUUCAUCUCACUACCGCGAUGAUCCGUGGUUUCAGAGCUAUCAUAUUUGAGGAAGUCUGGUGUAGAAUUUGAACCAGAGGAGAGCCCAGGCAGCAGCAGCAACAGUAGCAGUAGUAGCAGUGACAUCAGUAGUGGGGCGGUAGAUGCCCUACCCCCAGCCCCAGUUCCUCCCCAGGCCCCUGCAGGAGAGAAGAGAGAGGACAGCUCCUGCUCUGACUCAGGCAGCUCUGUAGAGUCCAGCGAGGAGGAACCUGCCAUGUUCUCUAACUUUUUAAGCGGUGCGAACCCCCUCAGCUCCGUCUCUUCUGCUGUCAGAGGAAGUCUGUUUGGGGAUAAUGCGGAGGGGGACAAACAGAAAGCAGGCACUCAGCAGCCUGGGUCAGGUCCUGGCCCUCGGAAGGCCCCGCAACAGGGACAUUGGAAACAAGACCAGGCACCUCCUAAACAGGGAGGACCCCAGCUCCAGGGGAAUGGCCAGGCUGGUCAAGCAGACAAACCUAGCGGGCAGCAAGCUUUCACUAAGGGUGGACCAAAACAGCAAGCCCCUGCUAAGGGUGGACCACAACAGGAAGCCCCUGGUAAGGGUGGACCACAACAGGAAGCCCCUGGUAAGGGUGGACCACAACAGGAAGCCCCUGGUAAGGGUGGACCUCAACAGCAAGGACCUCAUAAAGGUAGGCCUCAACAGGAAGGACCUGGUAAAGGAGGACUACAACUAGCCCCCCGGCAGCAAGGACCUCCUAAAGCUGGACCACAACAAGAUUCCCCUGUGGUAGGGGCUCAACAACAACAAUGGUCACCUAAGGUUGGGGCUCAACAACACGUUCCUAAGUGUGGACCACAACAGCAAGGUUCACCUAAGGUUGGAGCUCAACAGCAAGCCCCUGCUAAAAGUGGACCCCAACAGCAAGGUUCACAUAAAGUUGGGGCUCAACAUCAAGCUCCUACUAAAAUUGGACCCCAACAACAAGGUUCACCUAAGGUUGAAGCUCAACAGCAAACCCCUUCUAAGGGUGGACCACAACAGCAAGGGUCCCCUAAGGUUGGAGUUCAGCCACAAGGGUUCCCUAAGACUGGGACUCAGCAGCAGGGCUCCCCCAGGACUACACCACAGCAGCAGGCUUCUGGUAAACCUGGGACUCAGUCUAAUGCUGGACCUAUGGCUGGAGCUAAACCCCUGUGUCCAGUGUGUAACACUACUGGACUCAACCUGAACACCAAGGAGCCACCCAACCAUAACACCUGCACACAGUGUAAGACUGUCGUCUGCAGCUUGUGUGGCUUCAGUCCUCCUGACUCGGGUGGUAAGGAGUGGUUAUGUCUGACCUGCCAGAUGCAGAGAGCACUCGGAGGCUCUUACCCACCUGGACCCCCUAAGAUGAAGCCCCAACCUUCACCCAAAAAAGCCUCUACAUCUCCUGCACCACAGAACAAAGACAUUCCAACACCAGACUCCCCUCAGAGGAAAUCUGCUACAUCAGCAACACAGCCACCCAAGACAGAGGUUGCUAAAGCAGCAGACCCUCAGAAACCUGCCAGCUCAGCUCCUGCUCAGAAGACAAUACAGGAGAACCGGAGAACAUCAGGGCUUCAGAAACCACCAGAGCAGCCAGGCCAACCUGGGCUUAAGCAGAGUAAUGCUACCCCAUCCACACAGCAGGAGCCUGGGAAGCCUCAGCAACAGCCUCAAAAAAGUGGAGCCUCUCCUGCCAAAGCUGUGCCACCAGAGGCCCAGCCCACCAAGGAUGAGUCAGGGGGUUUCUUCGACUUUGGUGGUGCAAAAUCUCAGCCUGACCCCUCAAAGCCUGAAGAGUCAGUGUCUCGGAAUAUGUUUGGCUUUGGCUCCUCCAUCUUCAGCUCUGCCUCCACGUUGAUAACCUCAGCUGUUCAGGAUGAGCACCGCACCACACCGCCAGCUUCCCCCAAGAUGUCUGCACUGGCCCAGACCUCUCCCAAGAUGCCCCCUGCAAACGAGACCAAACUACCUGCUGCUCAGAAAGCAGAGGAGAAGAAGGCAGCGCAUCCCCAGAAGGCCAAUGUCCCCUCAUCAGUACAGGCCAAAGUGGACAAACCCCCAUCAGCGCCUCCAAAGGGAGCAGCAUCCUCCCAACCAGCUCCCAAAGCAGGCCAAUCUACCUGCCCACUCUGCAAGGUGGAACUCAACAAGGACUCCAAGGAUCCUCCCAACUACAACACCUGCACAGAAUGCAAGAACACUGUCUGCAACCUCUGUGGAUUUAACCCCAUGCCACAUGUUACAGAGGUGAAGGAGUGGCUGUGUCUGAACUGCCAGAUGAAGAGAAUGGAAUCCCCAGGACCUCCCAUGAUAAAACCCCAACCUUCUCCCAACAACGGUUCAGCACCUCAGAAGACCCCUGUCCCACCCAGCACACCCCAAAAGAAAGACAUUCCAACACCAGACUCCCCUCAGAGGAAAUCUGCUACAUCAGCAACACAGCCACCCAAGACAGAGGUUGCUAAAGCAGCAGACCCUCAGAAACCUGCCAGCUCAGCUCCUGCUCAGAAGACAAUACAGGAGAACCGGAGAACAUCAGGGCUUCAGAAACCACCAGAGCAGCCAGGCCAACCUGGGCUUAAGCAGAGUAAUGCUACCCCAUCCACACAGCAGGAGCCUGGGAAGCCUCAGCAACAGCCUCAAAAAAGUGGAGCCUCUCCUGCCAAAGCUUUGCCACCAGAGGCCCAGCCCACCAAGGAUGAGUCAGGUUUUUUUUUUGACUUUGGUGGUGCUAAAUCUCAGCCUGACCCCUCAAAACCUGAAGAGUCAGUGUCUCGGAAUAUGUUUGGCUUUGGCUCCUCUAUCUUCAGCUCUACAUCCACUUUGAUCACCUCAGUUGUUCAGGAUGAGCCCCGCACCACACCGCCAGCUUCCCCCAAGAUAUCUGCACCGGUCCAGGCCUCUCCCAAGAUGCCUCCUGCCAAGCAGACCAAACCACCUGCUGUUCAGAAAGCAGAUGAGAAGAAGGCAGCGCAUCCCCAGAAGGCCAAGGUUCCCCCAUCAGUACAGGCCAACGUGGACAAACCCCCAUCAGCGCCUCCAAAGGGAGCAGCAUCCUCCCAACCAGCUCCCAAAGCAGGCCAAUCUACCUGUCCACUCUGCAAGGUGGAACUCAACAAGGACUCCAAGGAUCCUCCCAACUACAACACCUGCACAGAAUGCAAGAACACUGUCUGCAACCUCUGUGGAUUUAACCCCAUGCCAAAUAUUUCUGAGGUGAAGGAGUGGCUGUGCCUGAACUGUCAGAUGCAGAGAGCACUAGUAGGAAUGGAAGAUCCAGAACAUCCCAUGAUGAAACCCAAACCGUCAUCCAACCAAGUCUCAGCUCCUGCUGCUCCUCAAAAGAAAGACACUCCAACAUCAUCUGGUCCCCAUAAAGUGGCCACUGCACCAGCUUCACCCAGAAAAGAGCCAUUGACUCGAGCCUCUCAGCCUGUCCCCUCAAAGCCUGAAGAGUCAGUGUCUGGGAAGAUGUUUGGCUUUGGCUCCUCCAUCUUCAGCUCUGCGUCCACUUUGAUCACCUCAGGUGUUCAUGAGCAGCCCCGCACCACACAGCCAGCUUCCCCCAAGGUGUCUGCAGCAGCCCAGGCCUCUCCCAAGAUGCCCCCUGCAAACAAGACCAAACCACCUGCUGCUCUGAGAUCAGAGGAGAAGAAAGCAGAGCAACUCCAGAAGGCCAAGGUCCCCCCAUCAGUACAGACCAAAGUGGACAAACCCCCAUCAGAGCCUCCAAAGGGAGCAGUAUCCUCCCAACCAGCUCCCAAAGCAGGCCAAUCUACCUGUCCACUCUGCAAGGUGGAACUCAACAAGGACUCCAAGGAUCCUCCCAACUACAACACCUGCACAGAAUGCAAGAACACUGUCUGCAACCUCUGUGGAUUUAACCCCAUGCCACAUGGAUCAGAGGUGAAGGAAUGGCUGUGUCUGAACUGCCAGAUGCAGAGAGCUCUUGGAGGAAUGGAAUCUCCUGGACCUACCAUGAUUAAACACUCGAUCAGCAAAGUCUUGACACCUGUUGCUCCUCAAAAGAAGGACACUCUCACCCCUGCUGGUGUUCCAAAAGUGGCCACUUCACCAACCUCACUGAAAAAGGAGUCAGUGACUCGAGCCUCUCAGCCUGUCCCCUCAAAGCCUGAAGACUCUGUGUCUGGGAAGAUGUUUGGCUUUGGCUCUUCCAUCUUCAGCUCUGCCUCCACUUUGAUAACCUCAGUUGUUCAGGAUGAGACCCGCACCACACCUCCAGCUUCCCCCAAGAUGUCUGCACUGGCCCAGACCUCUCCCAAGAUGCCCCCUGCAAAGGAGACCAAACCACCUGCUGCUCUGAGAUCAGAUGAGAAGAAAGCAGAGCAACCCCAGCAGGUCAAUGUCCCCCCAUCAGUACAGACCAAAGUGGACAAACCCCCAUCAGAGCCUCCAAAGGGAGCAGUAUCCUCCCAACAAGCUCCCAAAGCAGGCCAAUCUACCUGUCCACUCUGCAAGGUGGAACUCAACAAGGACUCCAAGGAUCCUCCCAACUACAACACCUGCACAGAAUGCAAGAACACUGUCUGCAACCUCUGUGGAUUUAACCCCAUGCCAAACGUUCCUGAGGGGUGGCUGUGUCUGAACUGUCAGAUGCAGAGAGCACUAGGAGGAAUGGAACCCCCUGGACCCCUCAUGAUGAAACCGUCUCCCAACAAGGUGUCUGCACCUCAAAUGGUCGCUGUCACACCCAGUGCAGCCCAAAAGGAUAUUGCAACAGCUGCUGCAUCUGCAAAGAAAGACAGUCAAACCCCAGACUCCCCUCAAAGGAAACCAAUUCCCCCUGCAGCUGAAGUAUCAAAAGCUGAAGCUGCUAAAGCAGCAGACACUCAAAAUCCGGCAAGCCCAGUGCCUGCUCAGAAGGCUCCACUGGAGAACCGGAGAACAUCAGAACCUCCUAAACCACCACAGCAGCCCAUCCCUGGGCGUAGGCAGAGUAGUGCCAUCCCAGCCACAAAGCAACCCCCCAAGCAGGAAUCAGGAGGCUUAUUUGGCUUUGGAGGUCCCAAAUCUCAGUCUGCCUCCUCAAAGCCUGAAGAGUCAGUGUCUGGGAAGAUGUUUGGCUUUGGCUCUUCCAUCUUCAGCUCUGCCUCCACUUUGAUAACCUCAGUUGUUCAGGAUGAGCCCCGCACCACACCUCCAGCUUCCCCCAAGGUGUCUGCAGCAGCCCAGGCCUCUCCCAAGAUGCCCCCUGCCAAGCAGACCAAACCACCUGCUGUUCAGAAAGCAGAGGAGAAGAAAGCAGAGCAACUCCAGCAGGUCAAUGUCCCCUCAUCAGUACAGGCCGAAGUGGACAAACCCCCAUCAGCGCCUCCAAAGGGAGCAGCAUCCUCCCAACCAGCUCCCAAAGCAGGCCAAUCUACCUGUCCACUCUGCAAGGUGGAACUCAACAAGGACUCCAAGGAUCCUCCCAACUACAACACCUGCACAGAAUGCAAGAACACUGUCUGCAACCUCUGUGGAUUUAACCCCAUGCCACAUGGAUCAGAGGUGAAAGAGUGGCUGUGUCUGAACUGCCAGAUGCAGAGAGCACUAGGAGGAAUGGAAUCCCCAGGACCUCCCAUGAUGAAACACCAACCCUUGCCCAGCAAGGUCUCUACACCUGUUGCUCCUCAAAAGGAGGAUGCUGCAUCUGCUGAAUUUCAAAACGAAAAGGAGACUACCACACUUGCUGCACCACAAAAGGAGUUUCGUUUGCCAGCCUCAUCCAAAAUGUCACCACAAAAGAAAAAGGAUCCUGCACCAUCAGGUGUGUCCCUUGUGAAUGAGGUCCCGAUCCCAGCUUUACCUGUCAAUAAGGUUUCUGCCUCUCUCAUCAAGGAGGCACCAACACCUGCCUCAGCUCUCACCAAGGAGGAGCCAUCUCCUGCCUCAGCUCUCACCAAGGAGGAACCAUCUCCUGCCUCAGCUCUCACCAAGGAGGAACCAUCUCCUGCCUCAGCUCUCACCAAGGAGGAACCAUCUCCUGUCUCAGCUCUCACCAAGGAGGAACCAUGUCCUGCCUCAGCUCUCACCAAGGAGGAACCAACUCCUGCCUCCCCUCUCAUCAAGGAGGCACCAACUCCUGCCUCAGCUCUCGCUAAGGAGGAACCAACUCCUGCCUCAGCUCUCGCUAAGGAGGAACCAACUCCUGCCUCAGCUCUCAUCAAGGAGGCACGAACUCCUGCCUCCCCUAUCACCAAGGAGGAACCAACUACUGCCUCCCCUAUCAUCAAGGAGGCACUAACUCCUGCCUCAGCUCUCACCAAGGAGGAACAAACUCCUGCCUCCCCUCUCAUCAAGGAGGCACCAACUCCUGCCUCAGCUCUCGCUAAGGAGGAACCAACUCCUGCCUCCUCUCUCACCAAGGAGGCACGAACUCCUGCCUCAGCUCUCACCAAGGAGGAACCAACUACUGCCUCCCCUAUCACCAACCAGGAACCAACUACUGCCUCCCCUAUCAUCAAGGAGGCACUAACUCCUGCCUCAGCUCUCACCAAGGAGGAACAAACUCCUGCCUCCCCUCUCAUCAAGGAGGCACCGACUCCUUUUUUACCAUUCUCCAAGGAGGUGCGUGCAUCACCUCUCACCAAGGAGGCACCACCCCCAGCCUCACCCCAAAAGAAGAAGGAACCUCAACUGCCAGGGUCACCAGACAGAAAGUUGGCCCCAAAACCAGAUUCAACGCAACGCAAGGCUGUUCCAUCUGGUUUACCUCUGAAGAAGGAAGCCCCACCUUUGGGAGCAGAAGAAACUAAAGAGGUCCAAGGUCCAGCUGAAAUACAGAGCAAAGAGGCCCCCAUUCCAGGUUCACCCAAAACAAAAGAUACUCCAACAGUUUAUACCCUACUUAAAAAAGAGGCUUCAUCUAUUGAGAUCUCAAAUGACAACCAGAAACCUGCAAUUGUUCAAAAGUCAGUGGAGCAAUCAGCGACACCUACAACCAAGCAGAACGAGACUGUUCAACCUUUACAGCAGCCAGAAAAUCAAAUGCCUGCGCGGGAACAGCUGGCUACACAGCCCCUGCCACAAGUACAGCUUCAGGAAAUUCCAAAGCCAGAUCCUAAAAUCAAUUCCCCAAAGCAGGAGCCUGGGAAACCAGCCAAUCCAGCACCUGCUCAGAUGUCACCACAGAUGCCAAGAACAUCAGAACCUCAGACACCACCACAGCAGUCCAGACUUCCUGGGCAUAGGCAGAGUAGUGCCAUCUUAGCAACACAGCAACCCCCCAAGCAGGACUCAGGAGGCUUCUUUGGCUUUGGUGGUGCUAAAUCUCAGCCUGCUCAGUCAAAACCUGAAGAAUCAGUGUCUGGGAAGAUGUUUGGCUUUGGCUCCUCUAUCUUCAGCUCUACAUCCACUUUGAUCACCUCAGCUGUUCAGGAUGAGCACCGCACCACACCUCCAGCUUCCCCCAAGGUGUCUGCACUGGCCUCUCCCAAGAUGCUGCCUACAAAGGAGACAAAAGCACUUGCUGUUCAGAAUGCAGAAAAGAAAGCAGAGCAACCCCAGCAGGUCAAUGUCCCCUCAUCAGUACAGACCAAAGUGGACAAACCCCCAUCAGCGCCUCCAAAGGGAGCAGCAUCCUCCCAACCAGCUCCCAAAGCAGGCCAAUCUACCUGUCCACUCUGCAAGGUGGAACUCAACAAGGACUCCAAGGAUCCUCCCAACUACAACACCUGCACAGAAUGCAAGAACACUGUCUGCAACCUCUGUGGAUUUAACCCCAUGCCACAUGGAUCAGAGGCGAAGGAGUGGCUGUGUCUGAACUGUCAGAUGCAGAGAGCACUAGGAGGAAUGGAAUCUCCUGGACCUACUAUGAUGAAACCCUCGCCAAGCAAAGUCUCCACAUCUGCUGCUCCUCAAAAAUACACUGUCGCACCUGUUACAACUCGAAAUGAGACUCCCACACCAGCUGGUCAACAAAAAGUGGCUCCUACACCAGCCUCACCCAGAAUAGAGCCAGUGAAUUCAGCCUCUCAACCCGCUCCCUCAAAGCCUGAAGAGUCAGUGUCUGGGAAGAUGCUUGGCUUUGGUUCCUCCAUCUUCAACUCUGCAUCCACUUUGAUCACCUCAACUGUUCAGGAUGAGCCCCGCACCACACCGCCAGCUUCUCCCAAGUUUGCUAUACCUGUUGGACCUAAACAGAAGGAGACUCCCAGACCUGCUGGUCCCAAACAAGUGGGCCAUAAAACAGCCUCACCCAAAAAGGUGUCAAUGACUCCUGCUUCAGAGAAAGACAACAAGACCCCAGCACCAGGCUCACCACAGAAGGAGGCAUCUCCAGCAAUGGCUUCACAGCAGGACCAGAAGCCAGUGGACAAACCAACUACAACCCUUGUCCGACAACCUACGCGGCAGAAGACUCCACAACAACAAGGCCAGCCUCCUCGGCCCCUAGCAGAGCCUUCGAAGCCUCAGCAACAGCUUCCAAAAGGUGGAGCCUCUAAUGCCAAAACUGUACCAGCACAACAGGCCCAGCCCACCAAGCAGGAGUCAGGAGGCUUCUUUGGCUUUGGUGGUGCUAAAUCUCAGCCUGCUCAGUCAAAGCCUGAAGACUCAGUGUCUGGGAAGAUGUUUGGCUUUGGCUCCUCUAUCUUCAGCUCUGCCUCCACUUUGAUCACCUCAGCUGUUCAGGAUGAGCACCGCACCACACCUCCAGCUUCCCCAAAGGUGUCUACCCCUGUUGCACCUCAACAGAAGGAGACUCCCAGACCAGCUGGUCCCCAACAAGUGGCCCCUACAACAGCCUCACCCAAAAAGGAGUCAAUGACUACUGCUAUAUUGAAAGAGACCCCAGCAUCAGGCUCAUCACAGAAGGAGGUAUCCCCGACAGUGGUCUGCCAGCAGGACCAGAAGCCAGUGGAAAAACCGACUCCAACACUUGUCCAACAACCUCCACAACAGAAGACUCUACAACAACAAGGACAGCCUCCGCAGCCCUCAGCAGAGGCACCAACAUCAGAGCCUGAUAUAUCAAUAGUUGAAGCUGCUAAAGCAGCAGACACUCAAAAUCCGGCAAGCCCAGUGCCUGCUCAGAAGGCUCCACUGGAGAACCGGAGAACAUCAGAACCUCCUAAACCACCACAGCAGCCCAGCCCUGGGCGUAGGGAGAGUAGUGCUGGGCGUAGGGAGAGUAGUGCCUUCCCAGCCACAAAGCAACCCCCCAAGCAGGAAUCAGGAGGCUUAUUUGGCUUUGGAGGUCCCAAAUCUCAGUCUGCCUCCUCAAAGCCUGAAGAGUCAGUGUCUGGGAAGAUGUUUGGCUUUGGCUCUUCCAUCUUCAGCUCUGCGUCUACUUUGAUAACCUCUGGUGUUCAGUAUGAGCCCCGCACCACACCGCCAGCUUCCCCCAAGAUGUCUGCACUGGCCCAGAUGUCUCCCAAGAUGCCCCCUGCAAAAGACACCAACCCGCCUGCUGCUCAAAAAAUAGAGCAACCCCAGCAUGCCAAGAUCCCCCCAUCAGUACAGGCCAAAGUGGACAAACCCCCAUCAGAGCCUCCACAGGUAGCAGCAUCCUCCCAUCCAGCUCCCAAAGCAGGCCAGUCCACCUGUCCACUCUGCAAGGUGGAACUCAACAAGGACUCCAAGGAUCCUCCCAACUACAACACCUGCACAGAAUGCAAGAACACUGUCUGCAACCUCUGUGGAUUUAACCCCAUGCCACAUGAAACAGUAAAGGAAUGGCUCUGUCUGACCUGCCAGAUGCAGAGAGCACAUGGAGCAAUGGAACCCCCAGAACCUCCCAUGAUGAAAUCCCAACCGUUGCCCAGCAUAGUCUCUACACCUGUUGCACUUCAAAAGGAGAAUGUCACACCUGCUGCAUCUCAAAAGCCGACCCCAGCUCCAGCGAAACCCCAGAAGGAGGAGAUCCCAGUUCCUUCGGCUGGCCAAAAAGAGAUCACUCCACCCACUGUACCUCAGGGGACACCAUUUCCCGCUGGAACCCCAGCACCAAAUGCAGACAAAAAGGAGGAGACCCCACCACUAGGAUCUUCACAAAAUAAACAAGCUUCACCUGCUGUGGUUGAGAAGGAGAAUGAAGAACCUGUAAUUGUACAGAAACCAGUGGACCAACCAAUUCCAGCCACACCCAAAACCAGUGGAGCUGCUACACCUGUACAGCAGCCAGAAAAGCAAACUCCUCCACGGCAACAGCCUGCUAUAAAGGCAUCACAACAAGUACAGCCCCAGCAAGCUCCAAAGCCAGACUUCAAAACUGCUCCCCUAAAGGAGCCAAUGACUCCUGCUUCAGAGAAAGAGAAGAAGAACCCAGCACCAGGGUCACCACAGAAGGAUUUAUCUCCAGCAGUGGCUUCACAGCAGGACAAAACGCCAGUGGACAAAUCAACUCCAACCCCUGUCCAACAUCCUCCACACCAAGAGUCUCCACAACAACAAGAGCAACAACCUCAGCCUCUAACAGGGACACCGAAAGGAGAGCCCGGGAAGCCUCAACAACAGGUUCCAAAAGGUGGAGCCUCUUAUGCAAAAUCUAUACCACCACCACCACAGGCCCAGCCCACCAAGCAGGAGUCAGGAGGCUUCUUUGGCUUUGGUGGUGCUAAAUCUCAGCCUGCUCAGUCAAAGCCUGAAGACUCAGUGUCUGGGAAGAUGUUUGGCUUUGGCUCCUCUAUCUUCAGCUCUGCCUCCACUUUGAUCACCUCAGCUGUUCAGGAUGAGCACCGCACCACACCUCCAGCUUCCCCCAAGGUGUCUAUGACUCCUGCUUUAGUGAAAGAGACCCCAGCACCAGGCUCGUCACAGAAGAAGGAGGUAUCCCCGACAGUGGUCUGCCAGCAGGACCAGAAGCCAGUGGACAAACCGACUCCAACACUUGUCCAACAACCUCCACAACAGAAGACUCUACAACAACAAGGACAGCCUCCGCAGCCCUCAGCAGAGGCACCAACAUCAGAGCCUGAUAUAUCAAUAGUUGAAGCUGCUAAAGCAGCAGACACUCAAAAUCCGGCAAGCCCAGUGCCUGCUCAGAAGGCUCCACUGGAGAACCGGAGAACAUCAGAACCUCCUAAACCACCACAGCAGCCCAGCCCUGGGCGUAGGGAGAGUAGUGCCUUCCCAGCCACAAAGCAACCCCCCAAGCAGGAAUCAGGAGGCUUAUUUGGCUUUGGAGGUCCCAAAUCUCAGUCUGCCUCCUCAAAGCCUGAAGAGUCAGUGUCUGGGAAGAUGUUUGGCUUUGGCUCUUCCAUCUUCAGCUCUGCCUCCACUUUGAUAACCUCAGUUGUUCAGGAUGAGACCCGCACCACACCGCCAGCUUCCCCCAAGAUGUCUGCACUGGCCCAGACCUCUCCCAAGAUGCCCCCUGCAAACGAGACCAAACUACCUGCUGCUCAGAAAGCAGAGGAGAAGAAGGCAGCGCAUCCCCAGAAGGCCAAUGUCCCCCCAUCAGUACAGGCCAAAGUGGACAAACCCCCAUCAGCGCCUCCAAAGGGAGCAGCAUCCUCCCAACCAGCUCCCAAAGCAGGCCAAUCUACCUGUCCACUCUGCAAGGUGGAACUCAACAAGGACUCCAAGGAUCCUCCCAACUACAACACCUGCACAGAAUGCAAGAACACUGUCUGCAACCUCUGUGGAUUUAACCCCAUGCCACAUGAAACAGUAAAGGAAUGGCUCUGUCUGACCUGCCAGAUGCAGAGAGCACAUGGAGCAAUGGAACCCCCAGAACCUCCCAUGAUGAAAUCCCAACCGUUGCCCAGCAUAGUCUCUACACCUGUUGCACUUCAAAAGGAGAAUGUCACACCUGCUGCAUCUCAAAAGCCGACCCCAGCUCCAGCGAAACCCCAGAAGGAGGAGAUCCCAGUUCCUGCGGCUGGCCAAAAAGAGAUCACUCCACCCACUGUACCUCAGCAGACACACAUUCCUGCUGGAACCCCAGCACCAAAUGCAGACAAAAAGGAGGCGAUCUCAGCACCAGGAUCCACACAAAAUAAACAUAUUCCAACCUCUGUGGCUGCGAUGAAGAACCAGGAACCUACAAUUAGUCAGAAACCAGUGGACCAACCAAUUCCAGCCACACCCAAAACCAGUGGAGCUGCUACACCUGUACAGCAGCCAGAAAAGCAAACACCUCCACUGCAACAGCCUGCUACAAAGGCAUCACAACAAGUACAGCCCCAGCAAGCUCCAAAGCCAGACCCCAAAACUGCCCCCCUAAAGCAGGAGCAUGGACAUCCUCCACAACAGCUUCCAAAAGGAGGGAGCUCUCCUGCCAAUCCUGUACCGGAGCCACAUGCCCCACCCGCAAAGCAGUCAGGAGGCUUCUUUGGCUUUGGUGGUGCUAAAUCUCAGCCUGCUCAGUCAAAGCCUGAAGACUCAGUGUCUGGGAAGAUGUUUGGCUUUGGCUCCUCCAUCUUCAGCUCUGCCUCCACGUUGAUCACCUCAGCUGUUCAGGACGAGCCCGCUUCCCCCAAGGUGUCUGCAGCAGCCCAGGCCUCUCCCAAGAUGUCCCCUGCAAACAAGACCAAACUACCUGCUGCUCUGGGAUCAGAGGAGAAGAAAGCAGAGCAACCCCAGCAGGCCAAGGUUCCCCCAUCAGUACAGACCAAAGUGGACAAACCCCCAUCAGCGCCUCCAAAGGGAGCAGCAUCCUCCCAAUCAGCUCCCAAAGCAGGCCAAUCUACCUGUCCACUCUGCAAGGUGGAACUCAACAAGGACUCCAAGGAUCCUCCCAACUACAACACCUGCACAGAAUGCAAGAACACUGUCUGCAACCUCUGUGGAUUUAACCCCAUGCCACAUGGAUCAGAGAAGGAAUGGCUGUGUCUCAACUGCCAGACCCAGAGGGCUCUCUCUGGACAACUGGGAGACAUGGGAAAGAUGGCCCAGCCCCAACCCAUCAAGAUCCACGCCCAGCCCACACCACUCCCUGUAGUCGCAACCACCAAGACAGAGCCCCAGCCUCCAGCAGCAGCAAGCAGCCAGGCCCAGCCUUUCCCUAAAACACAGCCCCCAUCCCAGGCUGUCACCUCAGUGCCCACUCUGCCUACACCAACACCUGACCUUGCACAAAUGGAGCUGGAACCAAAGAUAGAAGUCCCCAAGGCUGAAGCUCCCAUGACGGUCGCCAAGGCUGAGGCUCCUGAGACGGAAGUCCGUAAGGUGGAGAUCACCAAAACAGAGGCACCAAAAAUGGAGCCUUCUGUGGCAGAGUUUCCUAAGGUUGUGCUGCCUAAACCUGUACCACCUAAAUCUGAACCACCCAAAACUGAUGCUCCAGCAGUAGCUGCUCCAGUUGCCUCUGUCCUAGUGACUGAGGCCAUGACUCCUCCUGCUCCUCUGUCCACCACAGUGGCUACUGCUGUUGCUGUCACUCCAGCCACUGUGGAGGAGAAGCCAGAGGCUGAGGCUCAACCAACAGAGCUACCUAAACCAGCAGAGGAGAAGGUUGAGAAGCAAGCGAAACAACAGGAACCGCUUUAUGUUGCUCCACAACCAGUCCAAACUGAUACUAUCAAGGAAGUGGCCACUCCAUUGGUUGAAAAGGUGGAUGAUGUCCUUCCUGAACCUCAGCAAAUACUCACUGAGAAGGAGACUGUGAAGGAGAAGGAGAAAGAGCCAACUGCAGCCUGCCUCCUAGCAGACCAGGUAGUAGCUGAGGUACCAUCCAGCCCAGCCAGUUCAUUUGAGGCUGACAUCAAGCCUGAGGACUAUAGUGACAAGAGCCAUGAUGGACCAGACAUAUUUCCCAUCUCACAGGGCUCCUACACCUCCGAUGGGGAGCUGGAUGAGUUCCAGACAGUCAGAGAUGUCCCUAUCAUGGACACAACCCCUGACACAGCCAUGCCUGCCAAGGAGGAGGGGAAUGGGGCAAAGAGGCUUCUGAGUUAUGUGCCGAUGGAGGAGAGCAGCGGGAGCGAACCCUCUCCCUCGCCCAAGCUCCAGAGACGGAGGUUAAGUGCGAUAGCGGUCAGCACGGCAGCCUCAUCCAGCAGCGAGGACUACAAAGAUGACAGCCCUACAGACAGCCCUCCAGACAGCCCAGACUCAUUCGUGAAUGAGGAGGAGUUAAUACGCAGGCAGAUCAUGGGGAUGAUGGGAGAGGAGGAGAUGUCUCUCUCAGAGGAGGAUGGAAAAAAAGAGAAAGAGAGCAGAGUUGAGGAGACCAUGGAUGCUGUGGUGGAUAACAUAUCAUGUAAAGCCAAGACUCUGUUAAAAAAAGGCAGUAUAGAUGAUGAAGACAGCCCAGCCAGGAUACCUUCUCUGCCAUGGUCUGAGCCUAAAUCUAUUGUAGAGAGUGCUGCACUCACUGAGGAAAUCCCUGUGUAUAAGAAAGCCUUGCCCAUGAUGCCGCAGAGAACGAAGAGCAUGGACGAUGGGGAUUCAGUGGUGGAGAGCAUCACAGAUUCUCUGGAGGACAGGUCCAAAGGUGAGGGGUCAUCCAGCGUCCAAGUGUCCAGCUUCACACCUGGAACCUCCCCCACCUCAGCCUCUUCUCUGGAGGAGGACAGCGACAGCAGCCCCAGCCAUAAGAGGAGUGGGGAGGGGAAACAGCCCCGCAAGGCCAAGCACAGGCAUACCGGCCAGCCAUUCCCCACCAUCGAGGACUCGUCAGAGGAGGAGGAGCUCAGGGAGGAGGAGGAUCACCUCAAGGAGCAGGAGAAACCAAAGGAUUCGGACCAGCAGCAGGGGAAGAGGAUCUCCAAGAAGUCGAAAAGGGAUAAAGAUGAUCUCCGAGCUCAGAGGAGAAGGGAUAUCCCUCUAACCUCACCCUGUAACCUGUCUUCCAUUGAUGAUGCCUCGCCCACUGAGGAGGCAAGGCAGGCUAGGGAGAUGGAAGCACUUCACAGGACAUCAGUCUCUGACUAUUUUCCUAGCAUGGAGUCUGAUUCAGACGCCUUUCACACAGAGACCAGGAUAGUUGUCCCUAAAGGACAGAAGUUCAGUACUGCAAAGCCACUAAAGAGUGUAGAGGAUGAAUAUGAGGAGAUGCUUCAGAUAGCUAGAUCUCCUAAAGGAGAGACAGAGCCAUUCCCUGAGAUAGAGCCACUCUACGGAGGCAUGGCCAUAGAGGACUACCUCUACGAAUCCCUAGUGGAGGAGCCUGAAGCUAAACGUACUUCAGCCCGACCGGAGCAGCCCAGUAAAGACCCCGCUAAAGAGCCGGGGAAGAAAGGUUUGAGGUCUCCUGAAGAGGUGUAUGAGGAGAUGAUGCUGAAGAAGAAGGAACUGAUGUUGAUAGAGCAGGAGUUUCAGAAGGUUCAGUCAGCUAUCAACAUUCCAAAUCCUGAGAUACAUGUUACUGCACCAUCCUCUGCUGCAGCUGAGAGCUGCAGAGUUGGUGAGGCUGAGGGAGAGAAGCCUAUGUUAGAUGCUGGUUCUACCUACGUUAAGAGGAAGAAACGUCCUGCUCCACCACGGCCCUCUGAACCUCCUAAACGGCCUGAGGUAGACGUUGCCAAGCCAACAGUUCCUCAGGAUAUGACUAUGAGGAGGGCUCUUUUCCCUAUACCGGACUUGAAGAUCACCCAGUGUUCCUCUGGAGAGGAUGAGACGGACGAUAGUAUAAUAGAGGAGUAUGGAGUGGGAGUGUCCUCUGAUAUUACCCCUAUUUAUGAGUCUGAGACUAAAAAAGAGCUAGAGUCCACUUCAGUUUCAGAGCAUGCACCAACAACAGAGGUAGCUGACAUUGAACCCAUCACUGUGAUGUGUGAGGUUUCCCCAGCUACAGCUACUCCAGGUCCUGUCUUUGCCCCUGAGACAGUUCUAGCCUCCAGUACGACCACCACGCCUUCACAGGUCUCUCCAGUAUCAUCUCCCACCUCACCAUCGACUCCAGACUCGAGUAUAGCCUCCAAUGCUACGUCCUCCUCCUCUUUCCAAGCUCGAAGUCCUCUCUCUUCCGACUCUACUGCAGUGUCUUCUCCGACAGUAGACUUGGCCAAAGCAGCAGGUCCCUUUGCAGCUCAGCCGCCUAUUGAUAUCUCCCCUCCUUCUAUCGCUCCCAUUAUGGCUGUUUCUCCAACCACAGUUUUGGUCACAAUACAAGAUGUGGUGAAAGAUCCAACCCAAGCACCAACACCAGCUACAACUACAGCCGAUGCUACAGCUUCUCCAGCCCAAGCCCCAGCACCUGCCUCAGUGGUGGUACAGAUACCUGAUCCAUAUGCAGUCCAAAUGCCAGACCUAGUUAAAUCUCCAUCCCAGAUGGCUGCUCAGGUUCUACCUUCUGUGCAGGUCAGAGCACAAACUCCAAUACCAAGCCCAGUACAUUCUCAAGCACAAUCUCCAGUCCCAGCUGCUCCUAGUGCUGUGCCAACUCCAGUCUCUGCUCCAACUCCUGCCCCAGCUCCAGUUGUAGUCCAAAUGCCAGACCUGGUUACCAUCACCUCUCCAGUUUCACCCCAAGCCCAACUACCUGUGUCAGCCCCAGCUCCUGUCCAGGCUACAGUGGUGCAUUCAGUCCCUGUCCAGGCUGCUGCUCCAACCCCAGUAGUAGUACCAGCUGUAGGGACACCCCGAAUCCAGAGACAAGCCUCCACCAAAAAAGCCCCACCUCCUCCUCCACCUCGCUCUAUGUCAGUCUCCCUGCCCCAGACCUCAGCAGAGCCUAACUCAAUCAGGGCUGUCCAACAUGUCUCCCCGACCAUGACCACCGCUAUAGCCAUUGGAGCAGGUCUGCCUAGCCAGCCCAUACAGUCUGUGGUGGUGGAUAUACAGCCACAGAUGGAGCAGGUCAGGCCAAAGGGUGGUGCUGGCCCUCAGGUCAUGAUGACCCCAACCAGACAGGGGCAUGUGGUCAUCAUAGUUCCUAAUGUGGAGAACAUGUCGCUGCUCAGCCAGUCGACCCAAGACCUUGUGGCAUACUCAGUGGCAAUAACUACCACUUCUACUGUUGAUAAAGGCAGUAGUCUGAUGGCAGCAGGGCCUGUGGUUGUGAGUGUUGCUCCUUUCCCUACUGCUCCCUCUGUUCCUGCUGUACCCAGCUCAGACAUAUGUAUACCUGUGGCAGAUACACCACCACCUCCACCUCCUCCCACUCCUCCACCACCUCCUGCCACCUUACCCAAGCCAGCGGUUUAUCCCAAAAAGCCUUCUGUUUCCACCCCACCUUCAGUCUCAACCACAGUACCAGUCUCAACUGCUGUGACAAUGGCACAGGCAACUGUAACAACCACAGGCCCCAGUCCAGUACACAAGGCAUCUGCACCCCCUCCAGUCCCUCCCAAGCCUGUGUCCAUCCCUGCAGGGCUGGUGUUCAGCCACCGUCCAGGGGAAAGCAUCAAACCUCCAGUGGUUCCCACCGCUAGCCACACACUUCCCAGGACCAGAGAAGUGGUACCAAAUGCCAGCAUAGCAAAGCCAUUCACAGCCACAACACUGCCCAGGACCAGAGAACCUCCCAAUGCCCUGUAUCUGAGUCUGACCACCCCAGUGGAGCCCAAGAUGAGUGCUGCCUCGCCCAGGUCCCCUUUGUCUCCGAGGUAUGCCAAUUGUCUGGAAACGUAUGUGGUGAUAACGCUUCCCUCAGAGCCUGGCACACCCACAGAGGGCAUCACUGUCCAAGCCCCCAUCAGGAGAGGAUCCAUCCCCUCCACUAUGCAGACAUGCCCAAGGGAUAGGACUACACCUUCAGAACAACAGUCACCCAUUACGGCCUUCUCAGCCCAGGCCACUGUCAGGAGAGCGUCAGUUCCCUCAUUGAGGCAGCUGCCACCACCAACAGCAGCAAUAGUACCAGUCGAAGUAGCAGCACCCCUAGAGGGAGUCACUGCAAAAGCAAGGCAGCCUUCCAUGCCAUCAGCUAUGCAGCCUCCACACGGUGUGGCUGAGGUGGUUACCAUUUCAGCAGGGUCAGAGAUGCCUAUUCAGGUACACAGUGUCAGAGCUCCAAUAAAGAAACCGUAUAUACCUCCAACAGCCCAGCCACAACAGAACGUGUUUGACGUUAGGACAAUGCCAUCAGAGCCACAGGUUCCUGUAGAAGUGUCUGCAGCUCAAGCUUCUGGUAGAAGGGCAUCAAUACCUGAUGUACCUCAGCAGCCACAAUAUGUGGCUGCUUUACCAACAAAGCAGGUCAUACCUACAGAUGUAGUUUCAACUGAGGCCAUGCCUGGAAGAGCAUCAAUACCAUCAGGAAUGCAACAACCACAAACCAUGGGAGGGUUGUUAGCAAUGUCCUUAGAAGCUAUGCCCCCAACCAUCCAUCAGUCAGCAUCACUGAUAGAGGUGGUUUCAACUGAGGCCAUCUCUAGAAGAGCAUCAAUACCAUCAGAAAUGCGGCAACCACAAACCAUGGGAGAGUUAUUAGCAAUGUCCUUAGAAGCUAUGCCCCCAACCAUCCAUCAGUCAGCAUCACUGAUAGAGGUGGUUUCAACUGAGGCCAUCUCUAGAAGAGCAUCAAUACCAUCAGAAAUGCGGCAACCACAAACCAUGGCUGAGGUAAUGCCCUUACAGCAGGAGAAACCUACCGAAGCUAUUGCCAGCCAAGUCCAUGUAGAAGCUACACCCUCAACCAUGCAUCAGUCACCAUCACUGAUAGAAGUGGUUUCAACUGAGUCCAUCUAUAGGAAAGAAUCAAUACCAUCACAAAUGCAGCAGCCACAAACCAUGGCAGAGGUAGCAACAAUGCCCUUACAGCAGGAGAUACAUAUCAAAGCUAUCACCAGCCAAGUCCAUAUAGAAGCUUCACCCUCAACCAUGCAUCAGUCACCAUCACUGAUAGAAGUGGUUUCAACUGAGGCCAUCUCUAGAAGAGUGACAAUGCCAUCAACAAUGGAGCAACCACAAACCAUGGCAGAGGUAGCAGCAAUGCACUUACAGCAGGACAUACCUACUGAAGCUAUUGCCUGCCAAGUCCAUGUAGAAGCUACACCCUCAACCAUGCAUCAGUCACCAUCACUGAUAGAAGUGGUUUCAACUGAGGCCAUCUAUAGGAAAGAAUCAAUACCAUCACAAAUGCAGCAGCCAAAACCCAUGGCAGAGGUAGCAACAAUGCCCUUACAGCAGGAGAUACAUAUUAAAGCUAUCACCAGCCAAGUCCAUAUAGAAGCUUCACCCUCAACCAUGCAUCAGUCACCAUCACUGAUAGAGGUGGUUUCAACUGAGGCCAUCUCUAGAAGAGCAUCAAUACCAUCAGAAAUGCAGCAACCACAAACCAUGGCUGAGGUAAUGUCCUUAAAGCAGGAUAUACCUACCGAAGCAAUCGCCAGCCAAGUCCAUGUAGAAGCUACACCCUCAACCAUGCAUCAGUCACCAUCACUGAUAGAAGUGGUUUCAACUGAGGCCAUCUAUAGCCUCGCAUCAAUACCAUCACCAAUGCAGCAGCCACAAACCAUGGCAGAGGCAGCAGGAAUGCCCUUACAGCAGGAGAUACCAUCAAUAGCAUCAGCUGCACCGCAACCCCAAGCAGUGGCCGAAGUGAGGACUUUGCAUUCAGAGUAUGAAAUGCCUACGGAAGUUAGAACAACUGAGGCCACUACCACUAGAAGGACAUCCAUAUACUCUGUAGCACAACAACCAUACACAUUGGUUGAAGUGAUGACUUACCCAUCAGAAUAUGAAACACCCAUCCAGGUGGUUACAACUGAGGCUAUUUCCACUACAAGAAGAGCGUCUAUAACCAUGCAGCAACCCCUUAGUAUGGCCCAGGUUAUCACAAUGCCUGCAGAGCCAGACGUAGAGGCAUAUGCUGCCCAAGUCCCAUACAGGAGAGGAUCCAUCCCCUCAGCAGUGCAACCACCACAGGCAGUACCAGAAGUGCUGAUUUAUUCAUCAGCGCAUGAGACCCCCCUGGAAUUCAUUACAACUGAAGCCUACACCAGGAGAAUGUCAGUUCCAUCUAUCCAGGAGAUUCCCCAGACCGUCCCGGUGGCUCCAGUCACCAUCACCAGGAAAUUCCACCAUGAGUCAAUCGAGAGCCAGGAGAUCCAUGGGCCUGAAAAGGUGGUGAACAGCCUGAGCCACAUGUACUCCUCAUCUAUCUCCACCUCAGCCCAGCCCCCGGAGAGCCUGCCCAGCCUGGUCACUCAGGUGGUCACCACCGAGGUUCAGAGAACCACUGUGUCUUUGGUCCAUGAGAGGCUGCCCCAGGUUCCUGCAUCCAAUGGAGUGGCCAUCACCAUCCAGCCAGACUUGGUUAAAGUCCAGCCCUCUCCCAAACAGAACGGGAAGAUCUACUCCGGUGAUGCCAUUGACCUCCGCACCAUUAAGGUUGGCGUGAAGAUGACCGAUUCAGGGAUGGACUUGACGCCUCAGGAAUCAAGUCGCCAGUUCAUCUGUAGCACCUCUAGUGGCCGACAUACAGCAGUGCAGCCAGAGAUAGUGAACUUGAGUGCUGAGAUCACCCCUUCCACUACGCUAUCUGUUGUCACUGAUAGCAUCACUAUCGUCACCUGUUCAGACACCAGCGAGCCAGCAGAAAUACCUUUAGAUUUGCAGGGUUAUGUUGCCUCCAUGCCUCUCCCUCUCACCACAUACAAACCAUUCCAGCCUCUGGCACAGAUAGUGUACAGGCGGGUGGACUCUCCGCCUAUCAUCAACACAGUGUUAGCCACAGACACAGUGACACCAAUCAACCUGUCUUAUGGAACCUCCAUGGUAAAUAGCAGACUUCCAGUGACCAUGGCCCCCGCUAUCACCAACGUGGGAGAUAUGCUCUCAGAGCCGGCAGGGGUUGUGGAUCUGUCCACCUCUAGACCCCUCAGGGCCAUGGUGGCUCUGUCUGACAAGAGCUCUGGUGUGGUGACCACAGUCAUAGAGGAUGAUGGGACACCCAUAGAUCUGACAGCUGGGAGGAAUGUGUGCUGUGAUGUCAUCUACAAGCUACCCUUCACAGGGAGUUGUAGGACGAAGCCGCCGGUUAUUACCCAGCCUGACAACCGCUUCGGCUACAGAGACGACCACUACCAGUAUGAUCAUGCUGGGGUUUACGGCAUCAAGGGCCUGAACGGCAAGGCCAUGUCUGAGACCAACCUGGCAGAUGCAGGACUGUUCCUCUAUGAUGGAAAGACCAGAUAUAACUAUAACGGAGCCUCGGACAGUGCAAUAGACCUGACAGCUGCUAAUAUGUCCGCAGGUGAAGCUCUAGACUACACCAGUAAAGCUGCUGGGGCGUAUACGGGGAUAUCCACUGCUCCAUAUUCCCAGGUCCCUGCUUAUAGUGUCUUUAGAUCCUCAGACGGAAUGGUAUACUCCUCCAUAGCAGCCCCUGUUCUUUCUACAGACGCCAUCACCACUCAGCCAGGUUCCAUCUUCAGCACCACCCUACCUCCUACCACAACCCUCCAGGAGCAGCCAGCACCAGCUCCACAUCCCUAUGGCUUUAUUCCCACCAGCGACCCUGGCCAACAGAUCAUCAGCCUGGACACUAGCCUGCCCAAGGACCUGCUGCCCAGUGCUCUGGCUGACAUCAUGACUGGCUUCCCUGACCUGUACUCUGACCAGACACUGGAGGCCAUCGCAGCCUCUCUUGACGCCCUGGCUUCAUCGCCCAUGUUCCCCGGUCUGGAUGACAGCAAGAUCACCCAGUACCAGAUGGAGAGGGAGUUCCUGGAGCUGGAGAAGCUGAAGCAGCUGUGUCUGGCUGAGGAGCUGGAGUGGGAGAGGCAGGAGAUCCAGCGCUACCGUGAACAGGAGCAGAUCAUGGUGCAGAGGGAGCUGGAAGAGCUACAGGCUCUGAAACAACAACUGUUAAUGCAACAGGAAGAGGAGCACCAUGCGCAACUUAUAGCCCAGCAGGAGACCUACAACCAGCAGAGGCAACAGUUAGAGCAGAUCCAACAACUCCAGGUGCAGCUACAGCACCAGCUAGAUGAGCACUGCAGUACUACAGGGUCAGACAACCUGCUAGAGAAGCAGUAUACAGGGGUUGGGGAUAACGGCCAAUACUGGCCUGUUAGGGAUGAGUCCACCACCUCAUCCACUGUCACCCAGCUAGAGCGUGGUCAGUAUGUAACCAGCGAGGGUCAGAGAGAGGGUGGAGGUCAGGACCAGCUGCAGCUCAGUAGGAAACAACCAGCAGGGUCUAACCAGCCUGGGGACCAGGGGUAUGGUACAGGAGUGGUAGGGAAGAGGAUAGUGGACAGUGGGGUCCAGACAGACGAUGAGGACUCAGUAGACAGGAUGUAUGUAGGGAGGAGGAAGAGGAACAACAGGAGGGGUGUAGACAGCAGUGUUCAGACUGAUGAUGAGGAGGACCAAGAGGAUGAGUGGGACAUGCCAACCAGGUCGAGGCGGCGCUCCCGCUCCAGUAAGCACAGCGGUGAGGGGAAACACGGUGUCUCUAAGGUCUCCAGCAUUGCCAUCCAGACUGUUGCAGAGAUCUCUGUCCAGACCGACCACUCCGGGAGCAUCAAACGCCCCAGCAUCCAGAUGGACACUAAGGUGGAGAUCAUCAAACACAUCUCAGCCCCAGAGAACUCUCAGAGAGGUGGCAGUCUCAGCUGCCAGACAGACGCAGACCGGAGGCACCACUCACCGGCAGACAUCACCCCCAAGUCCCCCAAGGUGCUCUACUCCCCUGCGUCCACGUCCACCCUCUCCUCCAGUAAGGCCAUGGAGGGAGGGCAAAAGAUGCCGACCACUGACCCGACCAGGUUUUCCUCCAGCCCUAGGAUGCUGAAGCCUGGACAGAAGUCUAUGUCUGACCCAAAAUCUCUCAGCCAUACCAUCGAGGACAGGAUAGGCUACCACUACUCAGACAACUACUCUGGCCAGGGCUCUUCGUCAGGCACUGGAAAGAAGGUGAAGAGGACCCUUCCCAACCCACCCCCUGAAGAUGACCCUCUGACCGGCCCGUCAGGUUACAGCACCAACUCAGCCCGCCGCCGGCUUGGCCGUCACACCACCAUGGCCCGGGCCAAGAUCCUGCAGGACAUUGACAAGGAGCUGGAUCUAGUGGAGAGAGAGUCAUCCAAGCUCCGCAGGAAACAGGCCGAGCUAGAUGAGGAGGAGAAAGAGAUUGAUGCCAAGCUGAGGUACCUUGAAAUGGGCAUCAACCGUCGUAAGGAUGCCCUGCUUCAGGAGAGGGAGAAAAGAGAGAGGGCCUACCUGCAGGGUGUGGCUGAGGAGAGAGACUACAUGUCAGACAGUGAGGUCAGCAACAUCAGGGAGACCAGAGGUAGCAACCACGGCCUGGAGAGACCCAGGACAGCUCCCCAGUCAGAGUUUGACCAGUUCAUCCCCCCUCAGACUGAGGCUGACUCUCAGUACUCCACUCUAACCAGUCCCUACUCCCACUACGCCCAGUAUGUCCCCCAGACCAAUGCCACCAGCCACUACCCACAGCAGACCCUGUACCAGCAACAGGCCCUCUACCAGCAGCACCCCUACCAAAGUCAGUCAGUCUACUCCUCUGUACCCAGCCUGUCCUACCCCCAGGCCUCCCACUCCCACCAGCAGGCCCAGCCCUCAGGCUACCAGUCCAAGAACAACACCAACUACGAGGUGAUCCGGAACCAGCCCAUCAUCAUUGUACCCUCCUCCAGCGAGGGGGGGUAUGGGGUGGGGAAGUACAACAGCCUGGAACUGAGGAUGGGUCUGGAGGAGAGGAGAAUGGCCUCCAGCCACAUGUCUAAUAUAUCUACUGAGUCAUUCUACGCUGACAUCGACCACCACAACGCCAGGAACUAUGUUCUGAUAGAGGACAUAGAGCAGCUGACUAAAGGCUCUGCAGGGCUGGGGUCAGGAUUCAGCCUGCCUGAUAAGGACCUGUCCAAGGCUGACAGGCUGCUCCGAACUGCUGAAGCCAGGCGCACUGCAGAGGUGGCUGCGUUCCUGGGUAACUCGCGUCUGCACAGCUACGGUAAAGGAGAGGAGGACUCUAUGGAAGAGCCCUAUGAGCUGAAGCUCCUGAAGCAACAGAUAAAGCAAGAGUUUAGACGAGGGACGGAGGGUCUGGAGCACCUCUCAGGCCUGGGCAUGCCCCAGUACCUCUCCACUGACCCCAGCUACAGACACUUCCCAAAGGCUGACAAGUACAGCAUCAGCCGGCUGACCUUGGAGAAACAAGCUGCCAAGCAGCUUCCUGCCGCCGUGCUCUACCAGAAACAGAUCAAGAACCAGAAGAAGGCAGCCCUGAUGGACCCCAAGAUAACAAAAUUCUCCCCCAUCCAGGAGAGCAGAGACCUGGAGCCAGACUACAGCAGCUUCCUGGGUUCUGGAGUCUCAUCUGUCACCAACCUGUCCACGCGAGCCAGACUGCUUCAGGAUGAGAUCAACUUUGGCCUGAAGAAGAACCUCUCUGAGCAGCAGAAGUACCUGGGCUCCUCUCUGGGAACUAACCUGGCUGGCUCUCUGAGCCAGUCCCUUAGCCUGGGGGGACCCACCAUGAGGUCCACCCUACAGGAUGACACCACCUACCCCAGCGGCACGAGCUCUCGCCCUUCCUCACGACCCAAUUCCCGCCCCACUUCUGUCUAUGGCCUGGAUCUUUCCAUCAAACGGGACUUGUCCAGCUCCUCUCUCAGGCUGAGGAGCGAGGGAGAAGCCCUGGAUGCAGCGUUCGGCUCCGGGCUGGCCAGGACCAAGCCCACCAGCCUGCCCAUCGGGCGCAUCCCCAUCGUGGCUCAGAACUCAGAAGAGGAGAGCCCUCUGAGCCCGGUGGGAGAGCCGAUGGGCAUGGCCAGAGCCUCAGCUGGUCCUCUACCACCCAUCUCAGCUGACUCCAGAGACCAGUUUGGCUCCAGCCAUUCCCUGCCGGAGGUCCAGCAGCACAUGAGGGAGGAGUCCAGGGCUACACGAGGACAUAGUGGGGUCUACGACAGAGACAUAGCUUUCAUCAUGGAUGAUCUGGGGGGAGCGAUGUCUGACAGUGAAGCCCUAAAUGACUCCAUGCUGACACUGAACAGAGAUGAUCCCAGAAUCUUUCAUGAGAGUAUCAGACACGCCGGAGGCCCCAACUGGAACAUAGAAGCCUACCACCUGAGGAGGGAGGACACUGACUGGUUUGACAAGCCUGCAGAGAGACAACAUCGGGUAAACGGACAAGCUCUGGACAGGAGACAGAUGAAGUUGAUUCCCUAUGUGUAUCCUCACACCCGGAUCAAAGUACAGAGAGACCCCAAGGACAGCAGCGUUUCAGGGAAUGGCCUGGGGAUUCGUGUGGUGGGAGGGAAAGAGAUUCCUGGGAGUCGUGGUGAGAUAGGAGCUUACAUUGCCAAGGUUACACUCGGGGGAGUGGCUGAACAGACAGGGAAAGUGGUGGAAGGAAUGCAGGUAUUGGAGUGGAACGCGGUUCCUCUGAUGGGGAAGACCUACGAGGAGGUGCAGUACAUUAUGAGUCAGCCGUGUGCAGAGGCGGAGCUCUGUGUCAGACUUGAUCUGAACAUGCUGUCUGACCCUGAUCAUCCCCAGGCCCUGGAGAACCACGCCCAGCUGAAGCCUGGUGACAGGCAGCGUUCUCCAGGAGUGGAUCCUAAGCAGCUGGCUGCAGAGCUGCAGAAGGUGUCCCAACAACAGGCCCCUGGGAUGGGGAUGGGUGUGGGGGGGCCAGUAGGGGUCCUUUCUGCCCUGGACCGCUCAGCUCUGUUACACUCAGGCAAUGCAUCGGCCAGCUCUAGUGCCGUCCCUAGCCCCGGCCAGCCUGCCUCCCCAGCCAUCAACAAGAAACAACGCCACAGCACCAAGUCAACAGCAGACGUGCAACUGCUGAAGCCUCAGCCUCGUCCUGUAACAGGGGAAAUACAGCUCCAGAUCCACUACGACAGGAACCUGGGGAACCUGAUAGUGCAUGUCCUCCAGGCCAGGAACCUUGCACAGAGAGACCCCAAAGAAUACUCUGACCCCUUUGUCAAGGUCUACCUCCUACCAGGGAGAGGACAAGUCAUGGUAGUCCAGAACGCAAGUGCUGAGAACAAGAGGAGGACCAAGUACGUCCAGAGGAGUCUGAACCCAGAGUGGAACCAGACUGUCAUCUACAAGAACAUACACCUGGAACAGCUAAAGAAAAAGACUCUGGAGGUGACAGUGUGGGAUUAUGACAGAUCUUCCUCCAAUGACUUCCUGGGAGAAGUGUUGAUAGACCUGUCUAACACGUCCCAGCUGGACAACACUCCUCGCUGGCUGCCUCUGAAGGAGCAGAGUGAGAGCAUCGAGCUCAGCAGAACCCACCACACCGCCCAGGGGCCUGGGGGGCCAGGAGCAGGGCCAGGACAGGGGUCCGUAGCGGGGCAAGAACCAGGACAGGGCAUGGGGCCAGGGAUGGGCCAAGGACAGGGACAGGGGCAGGGACAGAUGGGGGAGUGCCAUGAGUCUCCUAAGAACUCUGUGAUAAAGAGCAGGAGUCACGGGAUCUUCCCUGACCCAGCAAAAGACAUGCAGAUGGUGACUCUAGAGAAAUCCCACAGUAGUCCAGGCAGCUCUAAGUCGUCUUCAGAUGGCCAGCUUCGUUCCCACGGUCCAUCCCGCAGCCAGAGCAAGAGCAGCGUCACGCAAGCCCACCUGGAGGAUGCUGGGAUAGCUAUAGCUGCCGCCGAGGCCGCCGUGCAACAGUCCCGCCUCCAACCAAGACCAGGCCACAGGUUGGGGGAUGUGUCAGGGCCGGUGGUGUCCUCAGCCCCCAGUCUGAUGGAGGGGUAUGGGGGUCUGGAUGGAGACGAGGGGGCUGGCACAGGGGUGGACAGCGCCAUCUUCCAGGUCCCAUGCAUAGGGAAGAUCAUCCCCAACGGUCCUGACAAGUUUAGAGGACUGCCACUCUCGCUAUCAGACAGCGAGGGGGGUGGGGGUAAGACCCAGGUGAUGGGGGAGAUCAAGGUGGCUCUGAAGAAGGAGGUGAAACAAGAGGGAGACCAGCUGAUCCUGGAAGUCCUACAGUGUAGAAACAUCACUUACAAAUUCAAGAGCCCAGACCACCUACCAGAUCUCUAUGUGAAGCUGUAUGUGGUGAACGUUGCGACUCAGAAGAGGAUUAUCAAGAAGAAGACCAGAGUGUGUCGUCACGACAGAGAACCCUCCUUCAACGAGACCUUUAAGUUCAGCCUCAACCCCACCGGACACUCCCUGCAGUUGUUCCUGGUGUCUAACGGGGGUAAGUUUAUGAAGAAGACCCUGAUAGGAGAGGCCUACAUCUGGCUGGACAAGGUGGACAUGAGGAAGAGGGUGGUCAGCUGGCACAAGCUGCUGGUCAGCUCCACACACAACCAGUCCUGAGAGAUCAACUUGAGAGGACACCGAGGGGUCAACCAGAGGUCAGUGAAGAUCAAUGAAUACUCUUGGUCAAUGGCUGUUCUUUGUCAAGACGAGGAGGAGGAGUUGAGUUACACAGUGCCCUUCAUCCCCUUUGUGUUAUUCUGUAUGAAAAGAAAAGAGAGGGGGAGGAGAAGAAGAGAUAAGAGGGAAGGAAGAGGGGUUGCGGGUACGGACAUGCCCAGAAAGAACUGAUCCUCCUAUUCCCUCUCCCACUGCCAUACAUGGACUGUACCCUGAUUCUUAAUUGGACCAAAGACUGUCAGAGACUUUACCCUGAUUGGAUAGACUGCCAGCACACACACACACACACACACACACACACGCACCGAGGAAUGAAGAAGUCCUCCGCUGUAAGAGGACACACACAUCUCACCACCUCUCAGCUCUCUGCUCGACAUGUCGGAUGCAAAACCUGACGUCAAACAGGACUGGGCAGCAAUAUCACAAAGAUAGUUACCAUGAUGGAACUAAUCAUUUCUGUUCUGUCUGGAUCUGAUACUGUUGUUUAUGGCUUAUCAGAUCAUUAUCAUUAUUGUGAUUGAUCUGUGAAAAUGUCAGUCAGUCAGUGAGUGGGGCUCAAAUUGAUGUAUUUGUUUGUGUGUUUUUGUCCUUGGCUGCUUGAAAAAGUAUGGAAUGUUUGUUGUAAAAUUCUAUUUAUGUUGUGUACAAAAAGUACAGUGCAAUUAUAUGGUUGAUAAGUAAUUAACGAAACCUGACCAUACCUGAACUCUCAAGUCCAGUAGGUGGCAGUAAUGUACCAUUACAGUUUGUUGCCAACAGCCAUAAAACUCCAACUUGACCUUACCUGGAUAGAUGUACAUUACAUUACAUUUAAGUCAUUUAGCAGACGCUCUUAUCCAGAGCGACUUACAAUAAAUGUACAUUCAGAUUUAGAUAGAUAUAUGUCAGAAUAUGAAUCAUAUCAGAGACACAGUGUACAGAGAAAUGUUAUUUAUGACCAUAGAUACAUAAUUACAGAUGAUAUGAGGUGUCUCCUGUACAGUUUAUUCUAAAGACUACAUUCUGUACAGACAAGGGUAUGGAAGGAGCACAGACAAUCCAAUCCCUUUAGCUCUGGUGUUAUGCAGUUAUUCUGGGUGUUAUACAGUGGGAAAAUAGGAAAAUGCAGUUCAACUGGUGAAUGUAGAACUCAUAGCACAACUGAGACAGAGAGGAGAACUAGUACAUGGAUAUCCCUCCUCUUACAGGCGGGGAGAAGAGAACAGAUAGAAGAGAAUGUCAGGUCCCUUCCCUUCAAACUCAUGGCAGUCUGAUAUAUUGUGUAGUGAGCGUGUCCAUCCCAUAUACGGACAGCAGUGUGUAGGAAUCUUCCGCCCCUCCCCUUAUUAUGUCCUGAAAGUUACUCACUGAGGAAGAUCACAUGAUUUUACUGGACCCAUCAGGCUGGUUAUGUGUUUGUGAUGUCUUACGCACAUGUGACUGGAGGCUUAAACAAUUGUUUUGGUUUGAGAGCAAAACCGAGAUUGCCCGCCACCUUGACCAACCUGCAAUCGGACAGAGGGAUGUGUAGCCUCUCUCUGGUGAAGUGCUCUGCUCCCGUGUUUGUGCUGCUGGGCUGCUCACCUAUUCUAUGUUAAAGCACCAGUUAGACACACCUGUCCUCUGCGUGUGUGACAUCACAGUCUGGUUCUGUAAAAAAAAAAGUUUGUUUAACAGAACACCCAACAUCUUGCUGUAAACAGUACACUGUAAAUUGUACUCUGUAAACAGUACACUGUAAAUUGUACUCUGUAAACAGUACACUGUAAACAGUACACUGUAAAUUGUACUCUGUAAACAGUACACUGUAAACAGUACACUGUAAAUUGUACUCUGUAAACAGUACACUGUAAAUUGUACACUGUAAACAGUACACUGUAAACAGUACACUGUAAAUUGUACACUGUAAACAGUACACUGUAAAUUGUACACUGUAAACAGUACACUGUAAAUUGUACUCUGUAAACAGUACACUGUAAACAGUACACUGUAAAUUGUACUCUGUAAACAGUACACUGUAAACAGUACACUGUAAAUUGUACUCUGUAAACAGUACACUGUAAAUUGUACACUGUGCAGUCAGUGUCAGUGGAUGUAAUGUGACAACACAGUGAACCAGCCUUUGUCACUGCCUCUGAUCAAAGCUCUAAGUCAUUACCUAUGUCCCAGUCAUAACACGGGCAGGACACACUGAUACACCCUGAUAUAGAGUUCAGAUCUAUAGGCUCAGAACCAUAUGGCGCUACUGUUGUUAGUAUAUUAUUAUUGUCAGUGAUCUAUAUAGUGGAUCAUAGUGAACAACAUCAUCAAGUGACCCUACAGAGCUAGUACUCUGAACCCUACUGUCAGUGUCUGAAGGCAUAUCACUGAGCAACUAGGGAGGACAGAUGCAAUUUCCUAAUAAAUGAAGUCCAUAUCAGAGGCGCGAAAUUCAGACACUGAGUCAAGAUGUCACAAAUGUUCAUAAGACAAAAAAAACGUGAUUUUAAAGAGGGUUAGUUUUACAGAAAAUGAUAUUGUCGUGCCAACCUUGUUUUGUAAGCAAACCCAUUGGUUGUGUUGAAGUCAUUCUAUGCAACAUAGACCUUGUGUUUGAAUGCAUUUUCUUAACAUGUAAUAUCAGUGAACAUUGUGUCUGAAAAUAUGUAUCUUAUGAAUAGAAUUUUAAUUUAUUUUGGUUUAUAUAUUAUUGAAGAAAAGGAUAAAAAAAUAGAGAGAGAUUUUUUUACUACUUAACAGCUGUUAUCAUAUACAUGAAGCUUGUGCACUUUAGUAUUACAUCGUUGACUGAUUUCCUUGUCCUGUGUAACGUGUCAUGACAUGCAAGUUUAACUAUCUGUUCCAGUUAGUGUCUCCAUGUUGGGAUGAUGUUGAGUCAUGUUAUCUGUGCUGUAUGAAGAAGUUCAGACACCACUCUUUUCGAUUUCCAAGGCAAUAGAAAAACUCAAAAAACAUCUACAUUCACAGACAAUUUAAGGUACUCUGUAAACAGUACACUGUAAACAGUACACUGUAAAUUGUACUCUGUAAACAGUACACUGUAAACAGUACACUGUAAGGUACACAUGUGAGGAGACAUCAAUCUGUAUGUUUGAUACAACCACCAACAUGUAUGUAUAAAUCAAUGAUGAUGAGUCUGAGGAAAAGUAAUGAGAGGUUGUUUUCAAUGCCCAACUCCAGGACUGUCCAACAACCCUUCAUGGUCUCCUUACAUUUCCUUUAGCUAGAUAGUUAAUAUACAUUGUUCCUAAGUCCGUCGCUAGUAACCGUGAAACCAAUCAAACGUGUAUCUGUUGGGUGUGAAUGUGGCAGACUCAUCUGAUCUGUGUAAAUACAAAGUGUUUUUAUUUUCUACAGAGAUUGAUGAAUCAUAUUGUCUGAUGUUCGAGCAUGUGAGUGUAAAACAAAAACGACAAACUCAAACCUGUCUGUCUGUCUGUCUGUCUGUCUGUCUGUCUGUCUGUUUGUCUGUCUCUAGUGGUGUGUGUGAGGUACUUAUGUGAUCAGACUCUAUUGUCAACCCAUGGGUGUCUGACUGUACAACCAUGUCACAGACGUCACCGAGCCAACCUGGAUGUUGCAUGUUUUGUUGGUCUGUCAAUAUUUUUGCUUCCAGAUUAUGUUUAAAAAGAGAGAAUAUGUAUAGAUUUAUCGGAAAUAAAUUCCGACUGUAUAAAGUGUAUGCUUGUAAAAUUGUCUUGUUUUUCAUUCAGUGUAAAAAUUGAGAUUCUAGCGUUCUGGUUUUGUGGUUGUACACAGGAUGUGUUGAGAUAUUAUUAUGCAAAUUGUGCUGUAAAAACCGGCUGUUUACCUAAAGUCUAAAGAAUAAAUAUAAAAAGAGAUUUAUUCCACAACCUUAAA